AUGGAAACAGAAAAGAAAUCCGAAUUGACUCAUGAUACUCCAAGUUUAUUGGAAGGAGAAAUUUCUCAUCAAGCUAGCCCUCCAAGCAACAAUGUGUCCCUCAUCCAAGAUGCCAUCGAAGCCAUCGGCAUGGGCCGCUACCAGUGGCAGUUGAUGGCUUCCUGCGGUUUUGGAUUCAUUGCAGACCAGAUGCUUCUAGUUUCCAUCAGUCUUGUAAUGCCGCAAGCGUCCAAGGAGUUUGCGCCACGAUAUGCGACUCUACUACCUGCCACUCAGUAUGCAGGACUGGGCGUGGGUGCUAUAGCCUUCGGAUUUCUGGCGGAUCUUGCCGGCCGUCGUUUGACAUGGCAGAUAUCGAUUUUCGGGGUGUCGAUAUUCACGGCUGCUGGUGCUGCCUCGCCCACCUGGGCUGCCUUGAAUGUGUUUGUUGUUUUGGCAGCCUUUUUUGGUGGAGGAAAUUUGGCAAUUGAUCUGACGGUGCUGGCUGAAUGUUUACCUCGCAGGUGGGGAUUCCUGCUGAGCAGUCUUGCGUGUCUAUGGGGACUUGGCAACGCAAUCACUGGGUUGAUAGCUUGGCCACUCGUAGCCAACUUCUGUUGCCCACAGGGCGCCACCUCAGUUACAUGCAGUAAAGUCGACAACAUGGGAUGGAGAUACCUUUACAUCAUCAUUGGUGUUCUCUGCCUGGUAAUGUCGAUUCUCCGCUCGUUCGCCCUCGGAAUGACCGAGUCACCGAAAUGGCUUGCCUCGCAAGGCAAGAGAGAUGAAGCAGUCGCGGCCGUCAACACAAUAAGUCGAGUCAACAAGUCCACAUACGCUAUGUCAAGUUUUCAACUCCAUACACAUCAGGCAGGAAGUCCCAAGCAUCUGAAAAGGGUCCCUUCUAUGGUAGCAAAUCUCUUCCAGGGCAAUAAGCAAGCCCGCUCCAUGAUCUGCCUGAUUAUCAUCUGGUUGCUCGUUGGCAUAGCAUAUCCCGUGUAUACCGUCUUCCUAACGUAUUAUCUCGAAGCGCACGGCGCCCAGCUCGGUGACGGAAGCCUCUACCAAACAUACCGUGACUGGUCAAUCUCUUCGGUAGUUGGGAUCGUGGGUCCUAUUCUCAGCGCAUAUCUGGUUCAGGUCCCUCUUCUGGGCCGCCGCCGCACAAUCACACUGAUGGCCUGCGGGUGCUCCAUUUGUGCGGGAGCCUUCACCACCGUGAAGAAUGAGGCCCAGAAUCUGGCCCUCUCCUGCAUGAUCAAUUUCUUUUUGAACGCUAUGUACGGGGUGAUCUAUGGGUGA